GGGGCGGAAGUAGCCGCCCGCCCUGUCCGGCCCUACGCAGGUAGGCGGCAGCCCGCGGGCUCCGGAGCCAGGCUCUCAGUGGGUGAGUGACGGCGCGCCCGCGGCCGGGUGCCCUCCCUCGCUGUGUUCUGGGGCCUGUCGCCACCCGCACCCGUCCGGCCUGGCCCCGGGCACCUCAAACUCCCCCCGCAGCUAGGCUGUGACUGGCGCCGGACAGACAGAUGUCUUUGCCCCUCUGGCUUGUGUGGGAGACCUCCCCUCUCUGAUGAGUGUGCGGUGCUGUACCCCUGAGAAGUCGUGCGAAACUUCUUCCUCUUCUGACUAGCAUCCCCUAGCGACAGUCCCUUCCCUCCCUCCCUGCCUGGCCCGGGCAGGGUCUCUCCAGCUUGGCACUUGAGCACCUCUCUAACAGACAGACCCACCUACGCACCCCAUCCUCACCUGUAACCGCCCACCUCCUUCCUCCUCUCCUGGCUCUUCUUGCUGUCAUCUAAGAUCGGACCUUCCCCUAGGCAGCAUAGUGCACUAGCAUUUUUACUUCCCAGCUACCCACACCCUCUGCUCCUUCUGCACACCCCCUAGUCCCUUUCUGCACAUACAACCCUAAUCUCAGCCAGACUCUCGCAGCCUCGAAGUCUGGAAUCCCCUGGUCCAUUUUAACAGAGCUUCCUGCUCCCUAGCACCCGUGACAUUCAUGCACCUCCAGUAAACCCAAGCACCUUUCUGCAGUCACUCAGGAGCACUUCAGUAACCAGCUUCAUUUCCCAGUUCCAUCUCAGGACUAUAUACUGGUCAAAGCUUAGACCCGGGAACCUGGUCUCACGGUGUCAGUGGGGCCUGACUGGCCAGAUCUUACAAGCUCCCAAGACUGAGGGCUAUGCAUGUACUGCAGGCCCUGCCUUGGGAACUCCUCCCUGCCCCUCUGGGGCUUGUCUGAGGACCAUCCUUCUGGACUGGACUACAGACCCUCCUUUGAGCUGCUCCCUAGACCUGGGCCUAGCAGUCUAGCUGGGACCCGUGAGCACAGCCUACUUCCUUCUGGAUAAGACAAGGGAUCUCUGUCACAUAGAGCCCUGAGCGUCUUCGCUUGGCUAGAGACAGAAUUCUGUGUGCUUUCUUGCUUUCUUUGUUCCAUUUGACCUGUUAUCAAAAGGUAAAUGCUUCUUGCAACUGAAUGGACCAUGUUCUGUGACCAUAUUGUCCCUCAGUCCCCUUCACCACAUAAUAUGCACCAGUGUGUCCAGGAGUGCAUGACAUCCUCUGCCUGCUGAGCAGCGGGGACAGGAGGAGAGGUCUAGAAAGUGGAAGAGGCAGGUGUCCCGUUGUCACCCACCUGACUGUGGCAUGUGUGCCCAUGAAGCUUCCACAGAUACUUGCGACCCUGUCAUCUGAGCCCUGGAACAUCCUUCGCAGUGUGGCUGUCUUCACGGUGGCCAUACAGGUCCUGCCCAGAGCGAAGUCUGAUGCCCAUCCAGCCCUUUGACCAGCGGGAAUGGAAUGAGCCUAUGCACUCCCUCCGGAUCAGUAUAGGGGGCCUUCCUGUGCUGGCAUCCAUGACCAAGGCCACGGACCCUCGCUUCCGCCCCCGCUGGCGGGUGAUCCUCACGUCCUUUGUGGGUGCUGCCCUCCUCUGGCUGCUGUACUCCCACCAUCAGGGCCCAGUGCCAGGCAGGCCCACCACCCACAAUGUGCACAACUGGAGGCUCAGCCAGCAGCGCAUCUCUCAUUACAACGACACCUACCCCCUCUCCCCCCCACAGAGGACUCCAGGCGGGAUUCGGUACCGAAUCGCAGUCAUCGCUGACUUGGACACGGGGUCCAGGGCCCAGGAGGAAAACACUUGGUUUAGCUACCUUAAGAAAGGCUACCUGACCCUGUCGGACAGUGGGGACAGGGUCAGUGUGGAGUGGGAUAAGGACCAUGGGGUCCUGGAGUCCCACCUGGCAGAAAAGGGGCGGGGCAUGGAGCUCUCGGACCUGAUCGUCUUCAAUGGGAAACUCUACUCCGUGGAUGACCGCACAGGGGUCAUCUACCAGAUCGAAGGCACCAAAGCAGUGCCCUGGGUGAUCCUUUCUGAUGGCGAUGGAACCGUGGAGAAGGGUUUCAAAGCUGAAUGGCUUGCUGUGAAGGACGAGCACCUGUAUGUGGGCGGCCUGGGCAAGGAGUGGACCACCACGACAGGGGAGGUGAUGAAUGAGAACCCCGAGUGGGUGAAGGUGGUAGGCCACAGGGGCAGUGUGGACCACGAGAACUGGGUGUCUAGCUACAACGCCCUGAGAGCUGCCGCGGGGAUCCGACCACCAGGCUACCUCAUUCACGAAUCUGCCUGCUGGAGCGACACGCUGCAGCGCUGGUUCUUCCUGCCUCGUCGGGCUAGCCACGAGCGCUACAGCGAGAAGGACGAUGAACGCAAGGGCAGCAACCUCCUGCUGAGCGCAGCCCAGGACUUCAGGGACAUCUCUGUGAGGCAAGUGGGGACGCUGGUCCCCACCCACGGCUUCUCGUCCUUUAAGUUCAUCCCCAACACGGAUGACCAGAUCAUUGUGGCUCUCAAGUCGGAAGAGGACAAUGGCAGAAUCGCCACCUAUGUCAUGGCCUUCACGCUGGACGGCCGCUUCCUGCUUCCAGAGACCAAGAUCGGCACUGUGAAGUACGAAGGAAUAGAGUUCAUCUAGAUGAGUAAGCUCGCACGCCCAGUAGGGCGAGGGCCAGUGGCCGUGCUACACCAGAACUCAGUAUAUAAAAACCAGGAGCUCCUCCACUUGUUUGCUUUUUUCUUUUUUUAACUAAGAGCUGUGUUCCUGGCUAGAGUUUCAGAAUAAGGAGCUGAGCCCCGGUCCAUAUGGAUGUGCUGCUGAGACUGGGAGCAAGGCGUCCUGUACAGGAACCCCAGGUGCUCCGGCCACCCGCUCUCGCUCUGCACUGCCGCCUGGUGGUAGAGAUUGAUCACUGCUGCAGGUAUCUUCGGAGCCUCUGGCCUUCAGAAUCCAGCCAUGCCUUUCCUUCCCUGGUCUCUGGCCCUUCUAUGAGUUCUCUGUCCAGUAUGUGUCUCUGAAGCAGCCCCGUGUUAUACCUUAGCUUAACCCUGGGAGCACACGACAGUCUGAGGUAGGCCUGCCAGACAGGCACUCGGAGGCCCCCUCUUGCUCCCAUGUGACUCUAGCAUUCCAUGUGCUGCUGCAGACCCCUGGAAAGUGAAUGUUUACAUGGCAGGGUGAGGGCCACCCCUUGGGAGACAUCUGCCCACACUCUGAAGCCUCUCUAGCACAGGAUUACUUGCGAGCUGUUGAUAACUUCAUUUCUCCCCUCAGGAGGAUUUAUUUAGUGCUGUACAGCCUUUUACAGUCCAAAUUAUUAACUUAUUUUUAUUAAAGCUGUUUCUUUUCCUGAAGAACAGAGUCACCAGACUUCAUCACACAAUGCAGGUGGAGUUCCCACAUGUACUUCCAGGAGCGAGGGAAUUGUCCCCACACCCACAGUGGCGGCAUGAGCUUUUACAGAAAGGGUCUCAGCACCCUUGGCCUCUGCAACUUCCAAGGGCUGCCAUGCUGUCUGUCACCCCUCAGCCGUGGCUGUGGGAGGCGCUGCGCCUGACUAGAGACCUGCCCUCAAUGGCUCCUGGUGGGUGUUUAGCAACCUUCUCUCUGAGGGGGCCUCACUGUUUUCUGCUGUCCUGUUCUGUCCAUGUUCAAGAGAGCCAAGGCAGCAGAGUCAAGCUCAGAGGUCGUUCUGCAGGUAACAGCACCUUAGCUGCCUACGACACCCUUAGAACAGGACACAGGUACUGCUGUAGGCACAGGGCCCUGAUGACCAUCACAAACCCCUUCCAUGGGAAGCCAGGAGAGCCACUGCACUGGGGCCUGAAUACCCUCAGUCCAACAGGCUGCUGAGGUCUUGGUGUACGGUUGUGCUGGGAGCUCAGCCAAACCUCCUUGAUGUGUGUCGACUGUGUUAGGUUGUGUGCUUCUGAACUGAAAGAGAUGAAAUGAGAGAGACCUGGGCCCCUCUCAGAGGAGCCUUCCACACACCUUCCUUUCCCUGAGCAAUGAUUGUGUCUUUCCGUUGUUUUGUAAACAAUAAAGUGUCAGGGGAAUGUG